AUGCCUGCCCGACACCCGACGACGCCCGCCCGACACCCGACGACGCCCGCCCGACACCCGACGACGCCCGCCCGACACCCGACGACGCCCGCCCGACACCCGACGAUGCCCGCCCGACACCCGACGACGCCCGCCCGACGCCCGCCCGACACCCGACGACGCCCGCCCGACACCCGACGACGCCCGCCCGACACCCGACGACGCCCGCCCGACACCCGACGACGCCCGCCCGACACCCGACGACGCCCGCCCGACACCCGACGACACCGCCCGACACCCGACGACGCCCGCCCGACACCCGACGACGCCCGCCCGACACCCGACGACGCCCGCCCGACACCCGACGACACCUGCCCGACACCCGACGACACCUGCCCGACACCCGACGACACCUGCCCGACACCCGACGACACCUGCCCGACACCCGACGACACCUGCCCGACACCCGACGACACCUGCCCGACACCCGACGACACCUGCCCGACGCCCACGCCCGCUUUCUUAGGUCUCAUUCUUAGGAUUAAACUUGUAUUUGUGGAUUUUGAUGAAAAGAAUGUGAUCUGGGAAGGAAGUGAAUGA